AAGCCGGAAAUGGAGACAGUCAAGUGUGUUUUGGUUGGCGAUGCAACAGUGGGAAAGACCUGUCUUCUUAUCUCCUUCACCAGUAAUUGCUUCCCUGGGGAGUUUAUCCCAACUGUCUUUGACAACUACAGUUUGGAGAUCACAGUGGAUUCCAGACCCAUCACCCUUACCCUGUGGGACACAGCGGGAGCCGAGGACUAUGACAGACUGCGUCCCUUAUCCUACCCCCAGACAGACGUCCUCAUCAUGUGUUUCUCCAUUUGUAGGCCAGCCUCUUUUGAGAAUAUUAGGCAUAAGUGGUAUCCUGAGGUUUCGCAUUACUGCCCCAAUGUACCCUUCCUGCUGGUGGGCACACAAGUGGACAAUCGAGGAGAUUCAACAGUUUUAGAAAAUCUUAAGGAGCAGAAAUUGACUCCUGUCACUCAGCAGCAGGGGCAGGCCCUUGCUCAAAAAAUCGGAGCAAUUAAAUACCUUGAAUGCUCGGCUCUAACGCAACGCGGGAUGAGGGAGGUAUUCAUGGAGGCUGUCCGUGCCUCCCUGAAUUUAAAUACCGUGCCUCACAAGAGAUCCUGUAUUCUAUUGUAA